UAUCAACUUUUAUCAUGUUUGAACUUUCAUGGUCCACAACCAAAAUACCACGUGCGCAUCGCUAAAUGGAUAACCGUAAAACCGGUUAAUUUUCGGUUCACCAACCCAGUUUGGAACUAGAAUAAUCCGGUUUCGGUUUUAUUGUUUCAAAGAAACAGAGAAGCUCUUCUCCUCUAUCGACUACUCUCACUCUCUUUCUAUUCUCUCUUCCGCCGCUUUUUCCAUCGUUCGAAAGUAAAGUUGCUCGCUUUACUCGUUCAAGCAUUCAACUUUAGAAUCCGAUCGAAUCCUCCUGUAACAGCAAUGAUGAAUCGGAUCCUCUUGUUUAUGAUCCUGGCUUUUGUCUCAUCUCUUUCAGAAGUUGAGCCAAUUUCGUUCAAGAUCACGAAUCGUUGCCGGAACACGAUAUGGCCCGGUUUGCUCUCUGGUGCUAACUCAGCGCCGCUCCCCACAACUGGCUUUCGUCUCUCUAGAGGAAAAUCUAAAACCGUCGCAAUACCAGAGUCGUGGUCCGGUCGUCUCUGGGCACGAACCUUGUGUUCACAAGAUCGGAGUUCCGGUUCUUUCGUCUGCUUAACCGGAGAUUGCGGCUCGGGAAAAGUCGAAUGUUCAGGCUCCGGAGCUAAACCUCCAGCAACUCUCGCCGAGUUUACUCUCAACGGCACAGGAGGACUAGAUUUUUACGACGUUAGCCUCGUCGACGGUUACAAUCUCCCGAUGCUAAUCUUGCCCAAGAAAAUCGUCAUUGGAGGAUGCGGAGCCACCGGGUGUCUCGUGGACUUGAACGGCGCGUGUCCCAGAGACCUAAAGCUGGUGACGCGUGGGAAUGGGAACGGUGUUGCUUGCCGUAGCGCGUGCGAGGCAUUCGGAGACCCAAGGUAUUGCUGCAGCGAUGCGUACGCCACGCCGGACACGUGUCAGCCUUCGGUUUACUCGCUCUUCUUUAAGCAUGCGUGCCCACGAGCAUACAGCUACGCCUAUGACGAUAAGACGAGCACUUACACUUGCGCCACCGGAGCCGAUUACUUCAUCAUCUUCUGUCCGCCACCGUAUACAAGCGAGAAGCUUUUAGGAUCGAGGAAAGAUGGUGCAACACUGCCACUAGUAAACAAGAGCAUGAUUCAUUUGCCGCAUCCGCACAGCAGCUGAGCCAUCUUCUUAUUAUAUGUCUUAAGUCCUUCUUACAUCAGGUCCGUCUUACAUGGGUACUCGCAUUGUCUGUUGAGGUUACUAUACUGUUUUCAUUUCCUCUUUCUUGUUGCAGGCAGAUAGAAAAUUCAUGUGUAGAAAAAUGUCAUUACGGUUAAUACCAAGGUAGAAUUACUUCUUUACUUGAUAGAAAAAUUCAUGUGUAAAUCUUUACUUGUUUUACACUUGUUACUUCUUUCGAAAUUGUUCCAAGAAUUGUUGUUUCUGUCCUCUGCUCUUUCUUUGUCAAACAUAAGGAAGAAAGAAAUCUAUUUUGUCUAGUAAUUUAAAAUAGCAAUAAUUGGCCAGAAACGGAUAAAGGGGUCGAUAAAAUUAGUCCCACAAGCCCAUUU